AUGCCAGUAUCAACAGGCUCGGCUGCGGUGGUAUCUGAUGGAGUAUCGUCCUAUCGCCGCCCUCGCCGCCGACCGGCUCAUCUACGCACCAAGACUGGCUGUCUAACUUGUCGGAAGCGAAAGAAAAAAUGCGACGAAACACCCCAGACCUGCCGCAACUGCGCAAGGCAAAGUCUGGAAUGCACCUGGCAGCUCAACCGGCAACACUCUGUUUCGGACGAUUUGUCUGAUCACAGCUCUCUAGGAGAGACACUGCGGGUCUCUAGCCCAGUUGUGGCCGAGACCGAGCUGGGCAUGAUACAAUUGUUCUCCGACACCAAGGCCCAGCUGUCUGUGUCUCACUUGUUCUCUUUGAUACCACAGCAAGGUUUAGUUUGUUGUCCCCAAACCGGCUCUAUUGAUCUCAGCAUCGAACAGAGAUACUUCGUUACCUCUGGCCAUUCCCCUGCCAUCACACCUGGUAGUGCCCCUCUACUUGACUUCCUCAGAUCACGAUUUCUCCCCCAACUUAUUCGCCCCGCUGCAAGUUGUCGCAUCAUCGAUUUUUUCAGCAAGGAAUCUAUGGCCAUGGCUACGAGCACACCAGCCUGUAUGCACGCACUUCUUGCUUGUUCCGGGGCGGAGAUGCCUACAAAAACGCCUCGCGUUCGAGAUCUCGCCAAAUUUCAUUAUGUCCAAGCGGUGAAAGAUCUGCGGAAUGACCUGGAAAGGAGGGAUGUUCAGAGCCGGUGGCUGGUAGUCAUGCACACAGUACUCAUGCUUUGCAUAUAUGAGAGAUCCAAACCGCAAGGCUCAGCAAGCGUUCAAGUCCACCUAAAUGGUGCCGCUCAGCUGAUUCAGCUUGCCUCUAUUCACUGUAAAAGCAGCCACGAUAGUUCAAAUAUCGAACAGGCCAUGUACCGUCUCGUCUACGAAGCCUUUAUUUUCCAUGUCGCAACAAGCCUUCCCUUCCAGUAUCAUAUGAAGGAUUCUAGCGAGGUAGAUUCAGCCUUUGCAUUAGCAGAGGAUAAUCUUGAGCGGCAUUUCAACUCUUCUCUAGCCUGCUAUCCAGACUCCCCAGUGCUUGGGGCUCCACCUCAACUCUUUCGAUACACCUAUACUGUUUACCACUUGUAUCAAGAUUAUUUACGUGGAAGCCUAGACCUCGGGGCUCUUCGAAAGCUCGAAAAUGAUCUGCUACAGUGGGAUCAAUCAACAGCAGCGCCAAAUACCUAUAAGCCAGAUGGCAUGCAGGACAACCUCAAGAAGUACGACUUGGGCCCUUGGCAUCGAGUGAUAUGGAAAAGCCAGGCCGCCGUAAUUGGACCCCGCCUCUACCUUUUGGGGUGUCGCAUCCUGCUCCAGCUUAUGGCAUACGGCAAUAAAAGGAGAGCUCACUCAACCGUCGACCGGCUAGUUCAAGAAGGAAUGAACGCUGUGAAGCAUCUGCAGCCAGAGCUUGACUAUUUUGCCGAAUACUACUGUUGGCCAUUCUAUGUGCUAGGAAUUAGCCUACAGCAUCUUGCAGACCGUGAGUGCCUGAUGGCUCAAAUCCUGGCCUUUUACGAAGCAACCAACAACGGUACAAUGAGACGGCUAUCUGAGAUACUCAGCGCUCGUUGGAAGAGCUCUCAAUCAGUACUACCUGGUUGA